CCUUGUCAGCUGUCAUCUGUCAAACCACCUAUAAUAAUUGGGUCGCACCAAAAUUUCUAAUAGUAACAUAAUUUGGUGGUUUUUGUUUGUUUGUAAAAUUUAAAUGAUUGGCAAAAGGUGCAAGGCCCAAUUAUAAUAAAUAAUUCACAACCCAUACACAUAGCCCAGCCUGCUGCAAACAAAAGGAAUUGGAAUUGGAAUAUUAGGCGGAAGUAUCUGUACUGUGAGAGAUAACGAGAGACGGAGACGGAGACAGAGAGAGGCCAGGUGGAACGGCAACAUGUCGAACCUAUCAGUGGGACAGAUGAUAAUGGACGCACAGCGGAUGGCCAGUCGCGUCAAGGAUUUGGAUGCACUGGGCACCGCACUGCUGGAGGAGGCAGAGACCAAUAAUCGGCUGGUGGAGAGUUUGCGGCAAUACCAGGACGAUAUUGAGUCACUGAAUCGCAUCUCGAAUAACAAAACAAAUGUGGACAUGGUGAAUCGCAUACAGCAACAGAAUGUUAACAGCUCCGAGAUACUGAAAGAGAAUCGCGAGCUCAAAAUUUGUAUUGAGGACUACGAACGCGCAAUGGAACUGAUGAUGCAAAAGUACCGCGAACACACAGUAACCAAGGUGCUGGACAGCAAAUUCAACUUUAAGGAGCUGUACAACGAACGCCUGUGGCAGGUGAUACGCGAUCAACGCGACAAAAUCAACGAAAUGGCAGCGGUUAUGCAUCGGGCGGCCACUGCAGACGAUGAAAAUGUGCAGCGGGAACUGCAGACAAUAUCACAGCUGCGCAUGGAGAACGAAACGCUGCGCGAACUGCUGCAGAUCUCCAAGCAGUUUGGAUCGGCGCAACGGCCGAUACGCGAGGGUGAUCAUAUGCUCGAGGAAAAGGCGGUGCAGACGGACAACCAGGCGGAUGACUCGGCGGAUGAUUUGUCCAUAUCGGGUGCUUCAGUGGAGAACAUGAACAACAAUUCAGUCAUACAGAUGUACAGCAGCCCCGAGCUGCCCAGCAAUAUUUCAGCCAACAGUGCGCCCAGCGUUGCUCAGCUGACCAACACAGUUGGAGAUGCUGCCGCAGUCGUCGCUGCUACUGUGGAUGCUGUGGAAAACUCAAUCGCCAAUGAAAAUAACAAUGGUCCUGCUGCACAUAGCACGCCGGAGAGUGGUAAAGCGACCGUGACGGCCGUGACAUCUGCGGGGUCGGCGGCGGUGACGACGCCAAACGACUUGGAUGAGGAGCACACGCUGCCCAUUGUGGGUGCAGUCGGUGUGGGUGGCAAUGCAACAUGAUCGGUGCUGAUACAGCAGUGUUUAGAUUGCAAUGUCAUUGUCAUUGUCAUUGUCGUCAUCACCAGUCAAUCAUUGUUAAUUUGUAUUUGCUUAAGAGCACCUCUUUGAUUUCCGGCGCAAUGCAUUCAUCUUAUUAACAACAUACAUACACUUUUCUACACACAUAAAUCCACCCACUAACAUUCAUAUAUACACUCAUACAUUAUAUGAUUACUCUGCAUUAGUUCAUAGCGACUAAUAAUCUCUAAGUAAUUUAUACAUACUACAUUCAAAUAUAAUGUCUUUACAUAGAGCAACUGAACGAGCGCUCAUCAAAAUCUAAAACACACUCACACUUUGUAAUCCAUGUUGUACUCUGUCGACUUAUGAUUUCUUAAUAAAUACCAUAAUAGAAACUCUUGAAA